CGCCAGAUUUCUUGUUGUCUGCAUUCACUCUCCAAGUUCAGCUUGUGGCAAUGGGCUAUGGGUAGAAAUCCAGAGCCGACCGUGUGCCGAUAAUGUCUUUUCAACAACCCGAGCCCGUUCCGGCUCAGUCCUCUCUAUCUUUCACACAGGGAUUCUUGCUCGGCCAGCUGUCCGUGGUCUUGUUGAUCGGCGCCUUCAUCAAGUUCUUCAUCUUCGGCGAAGCACCACCACCUCCCUCACGCGGUCUUUCGCAUCGAGCAUCCACCCACCGUCGGUCCAAUUCGAUCUACAACCUCAACCCGAAUGAAACCAACUCGCGGUCGCUGAGGGAAAAACCGUCGAACUCGAAUGUUCUCCGUCCGGUCCCUUCCUCGUCAACCAACACACAGUCCAUUCUGCGCAAAACCUAUUACAGUGCCAUUCCUCCCAACCUCACCGCCAAGCAAGGCCGACACAGAAUCCACCACUCUUCACAUCAACCUGAGUCCCUGGACUGGUUCAAUGUGCUGAUCGCGCAGACGAUCGCCCAGUACCGCCAGACAGCAUACUUGCUCAAGGACUCCCCGACGUCGUCAAUACUCAGCUCGCUCAACGCCGCCCUGAACAACCCGGAGAAGAAGCCGUCUUUUAUUGACAAGAUCGCGGUAACGGACAUAUCGCUUGGGGAGGAGUUUCCGAUCUUCAGCAACUGCCGAAUCAUCGCGGUUGAUGACCCGAAUUCCGAUGGUGGCCGCCUGCAGGCCCUGAUGGACGUUGACCUGAGCGACGACAACCUCUCCAUUGCCAUCGAAACGUCACUGCUGCUCAACUAUCCCAAACCCUGUUCCGCCAUUCUACCGGUGGCGCUGUCCGUAUCGGUAGUUCGCUUCUCGGGUACCUUAUGCAUCUCACUCGUCCCAGCCUCCACGCCGCCCCUCCACACGCCAUCUCCUCCGUCGCCGCCCACGGCCGAUGGAACUAAGAAUCCCGGAGAUGGUACCCAACCGCCACCCACCGCCGCCGAGGAGGGUGACGCAUCCCUCCCAAAGACCGGCACUCCGAAAAGCAACGUUGCAUUCUCGUUCCUUCCGGACUACCGUCUCGAUCUCUCGGUUCGGUCUCUGAUUGGCUCCCGUAGUCGCCUGCAGGACGUCCCCAAAGUGGCCCAGCUGGUUGAGGCCCGAGUCCAUGCAUGGUUUGAGGAACGCGUCGUCGAGCCCCGGGUGCAGGUGGUGGGGUUGCCCGACCUCUGGCCGCGCAUGGGCCGGACGGGGGUCCGGACCGGCGAAGAGUCCGAGACGGCUUCGAAUGGCGCGUCGCGGGGGGCGAUGUCGGAUCAUCUAAGUGCACACGAGGCGGAGGGACUGCGAUUCCGGGGCGGGCUAGCGUCACGGCCGCAAUUCGACAGCGUCUCGCGGACUUCGAGCUACAACGUGGAGACGGGGGACCUGCGCAGUCCUAGUAUGGUGCGGGAGGAGAGUUCGGGGGGGUUGAGUGAUUUGCAUAUGCCUGGAUCAUUGGAGGGGCAGUGA